AAAUACACAAUUCAACGAUUGGCAACACAGUACCGUAAAUAUCGCAUUUAGAGGUCAUCAUUGCAACGGGUGCGUCACUACAACUUACGACUCGUCGAGCACAAGUCUAAUCAUGGCUGCCCCCGCUCCCGACCUCACGGACAUCGACGCGAUGUUGCAGGUGGCCAUCGCAGCCGCACGCGCCGCCGGUGCCCAUAUGAAGUCGCACUUGAGCACGUCGCGCGUGGAGAAGACCAAGUCGAAUAAGGACGACCUGGUCACAGUUGUGGACAAGCAAUGCCAGGACCUCGUGUUCGCCACUAUUAAGGAGACUUUCCCCAGCCACGAGUUCCUGGGCGAGGAGAACGUAGAGCCUGGCAGCGAGGCCUCGGCCAAAGCGCUGCGUGACAUGGUGAGCAAGGAGUGGCUCUGGAUCGUGGACCCCAUCGACGGCACCACCAACUUCGUGCACCACCGCCCGGCCAGCGUCGUGUCCGUGGCCUGCGCGCAUCUGGGCGAGGUCGUGGUCGGUGUUAUCUACGAUCCGUACCGCGACGAGAUCUUCACGGCACAGAAGGGCAAAGGCACGUUCCUGAACGGCCAACCAGCUCACGUGAGUCACGAGGCUUCGUUCUCUGAGGCACUUGUUGGCUUCGGUAUCGGCACCAAGGACAGCGUACGAUUGCCCAUGCUGGACUGUGCGCGUGAGUUCUCGGCCAAGUGCAGAGGUCUGCGUCUACAGGGUGCAGCGGCCAUCGAGCUCGCGUGGACGGCGGCCGGACGUCAAUCGGCGUUUUUCGAGCUUGAUCUCAACUCUUGGGACGUAGCAGCCGGCGCACUGUUGGUGAAAGAGGCCGGCGGUGAAGUGACCAACAGCGAUGGCACUCCUUUCUCUCUCAGUACACGCAACAUCGUGGUGUCCAACAACAAGGGCGACAUCCACGGCAGCAUGAUCGAACUCAUCAAGAAGGCCGACGCUGUGAAUGUGCGCAACUAAACAUAUCCUUCCCAUUUAGAGCUCCCGUACCACAACGUGGUAAAGAUCAAUUGCACAAUCCUUCGUCUCAUGUAUUCUUGCCCACGUACGUGGCAUGGUCGUCCUCAAGUCUCCCUACCCCU